UUUUGGCUUUUUUUUUUCUUUUUUUUUUUCUCUUAUUAUUGUUGUCAUUACCAUUGUUACUCCACACCUUGGGCAAUGUGACCCCCUCUCCAAUAAAUAAAUACCAAGUUUUUUUUUUUUAUUUCUCUCUCUCUCUCUCUCUCUAUGUCUCUAUAUCUCUCUAACUCUGUUUUUGUUCAAAUUGUGCUCUGUUUCUCUGCAUUGGAAAGUUCCUCUCCUACACUGCCCAAAAAAAAUCUCUUCUUUUUUUGGGCUUUGUUGAAGAACACAACAACACACCCAACACCCCCCACAUAGAAAAAGAGGGGAAACAAAAAAAAAGAAGAAGAAUCACAUUGGGCAUUGGAUCCUUGUUUCCUUUUCUUUUUUUUCCACAUAAAUCUCUUCUUUUUUGUUUUUUUUAAACAUUUAUUUGUGUGUGUGUGUGUGUGUUUGUGUGCAAAAAAAGCAGAGUACUCACCAAUCCUUUUCUCUCUCUAAUCCCCUCCAUUCCCUGUUUUCUUUUUUUUCCCCCUUUUUUGUGAUCCCAAGUGCUACUUUUUAUGGGGAUGUUGGUGUUGUUUCCUCUAAAAUGGGUUGAGAUUUUUUAUGCUUAGUUUUCAUAUUUGCUUCCCAAAACUCUGUUUCCUUAUAAGAGCCCAAGAAGUGCUUCUUCUUUUUGCAAUCUUUAAGCAAAUUGAGCAAAGAAGCACUUCUUCUAAAAUGGGUUGAGAGUUUUUGUGCUUAGUUUUCAUACUUUGCAUCCAAAGCUCUGUUUCUUCACUAAUUAUCAAACUAUCCCCUGUUUCCACUUGUGUGAUUAUAAGAUCCCAAGAAGUGCUUCUUCUUUUUGCAAUCUUUAAACAAAUUGCAUUGCAAAGCAGUGAGCUGCAAUGAGGAGAAGCACUUCUUCUUAUCUGCUGCUGCUGCUGCUGCUGCUGCUGCUCUGUUUCUGCUGCUCAGAAGCAGGGGAAACAGGGGCUCCAAUGGAGAAGGGGGAGCAAGAAGCGCUUUUCGCGGCGAUCGGAAGCUUCGUCGGAAAUUGGUGGAAUGGAUCUGAGCUCUAUCCUGACCCUUGUGGAUGGACCCCAAUUCAGGGAGUAUCAUGUGAUCUCUUUGAUGGAUUGUGGUACAUCACAGUUCUAAACAUCGGGCCGGUCCUCGAAAACUCGCUUCAAUGCGCUCCCGACGCGAAAUUCGGCGCCGAGAUCUUCGAUCUCAAGCAUUUAAAAGCUCUCUCUCUCUACAAUUGCUUCUCCGUCGACCGACCGUCGUCGAUUCCGCCCUCCGGUUGGGAGUCUCUCUCAAACAGCUUGGAAACACUCGAGUUCCGGUCGAACCCGGGUCUCGUCGGGCCGAUCCCGCCCUUAGUCGGCCAACUCACCAAUCUCCGAUCACUCGUCAUGGUCGAAAACGGCCUAACCGGAGAGCUCCCUCGCGAAAUCGGCAACUUGUUCAAUCUCCGACGGCUCGUGCUCUCCGGGAACAAGUUUUCGGGCCGAAUUCCGACUUCCCUUGGUAAUAACAACAAUCACAGUUCAACUGAGCUCUUGAUAUUGGAUCUUAGUAGGAAUUCGCUAACUGGUUCUCUACCUCCGUCGCUAGGUCAAUUGAGCUCGCUCUUAAAGCUCGAUCUAAGUAGCAAUUCACUCAAUGGGAGCCUCCCUUUCGAGCUCGCGAACUUGAAGAAUCUCACACUCUUAGAUCUCAGGAACAAUAACUUAUCCUGCGGGUCGGAUCGAUCGCUUAACGGAAUGGUCUCUCUGCAAGAUUUGCUCCUCUCGAACAAUCCGUUCGGCGGUACUUUGAUCGAAUUCACGUGGGAGAACAUGUUGAGUCUCACCACAUUGGAUCUUUCUUACAUGGGUCUCACCGGAAAGAUCCCCGAAACAAUGACAAGUUUGCGGGGAUUGAGGUUCUUAGCAUUGGACAACAAUCACUUAACCGGCGUCGUUCCGCGGGAUCUCGAAACUUUGCCUAACUUAAGUGCUCUUUACCUCAAUGGGAACAACUUCACCGGAAGGCUCGGGUUCUCCGCAGGAUUCUACGACAAAAUGGGGAGGAGAUUUGCGUCGUGGGGCAACCCGAAUUUGUGUUACGAUGUCGCGGUGACGGGUGUAGGGAAGGCCCCUCUUGGUGUGCAACAAUGCAAGGGUGUGCAACAAGCUUCGGAUGGCGAUUCGGGUUUGCGAAACAAGGUGGAUAGCAAGAACCCGGAUGCGAACGCGAAUUCGAGCUUGUUGGCUUCGUUCGGGUUAUCGGGUUCUAAAAUCGACGGAUUUUGGUGGGUUCUUGUUGUUCAAGAGAUCGUCGCGGCGUUUCUUUUGGUUAUGGUAUUGUAGUUGGAAAAAAAAAAAAAAAAAAAAAUUGUGAGGGGGAGUUAGUGAUCUUAGUUUUGUAAGUUGUUUUGACUUAUGAUUAUACAUCUAUAGUUGCUUUUUUGGCUAAUAUUUGUAUAUCUUUGUAAUGUAUAAGAUGGAAGCAAGGAAUAUUAUGGUUGGGAAAUGAGAUCAUUAAAUGGAAUUAAUUCUAGUGCUAAAUAGUUGAA